AUGGGGACCCUCGGCGUGCAGGUUGACACCGCCGAGCCCACGGGGUUCUGCUUCGUCGCCACCUACCACAACUUCGCCGAGGACAAGACCGACUUCGCCUGGGUGUUCAACAACGACGGCGCGGCGGCGACGGGCGAGGAGGGAAAGUCGCAGACCUCGGUUGCGCCGGGGCUGUUCCAGGGGGCCGACAGGUCCGCCCGGGCGGUGCGGGGCACCAACCUCGCGGCCGUGGGGAUGACGGUGAAGAAGUUUGGCAUGGCCACCGGCCUGACCUACGGCCGCGUCAACCUGCCGCUCGACAUCGACGGGUCCUACUCGAGCCACCUCUUUUUGCCGUCGAGAGACGACUUCUUUGCCGAGAUCAGCGCGCUAUUUGAUCUUGAGCCCCCCUUUAAGGACACCUUUGACGCGGAGAAGACUAGGUAG